AUGAAAAAUUUUAAUUUACUUGAAAAUAACUCAGAUUAUGUUGAUGCGUCUUCGGAAUUUAUGAAAACGUUUUGCAAAGAAUUUGCGAAUGCAGAAAAUGAAACAAAUUUAACUCAUAAUUCAUUAAAUUUUUUUGAAAAUAAUGUUGAACAACAUAAUGAUAUUCAAUGGAUAACAGAACUUGUUGAUUUGCUUGAUAUUUUCUGGGAAGUUACGAUAUUAUUCAUUAUUGUAUCAUGUAUUGUAUUCAAAGAUAUUUGGCAAAUCGCAGGAUUGAAGAAAUUACAUUCGGAGCUUAAAAUGAAAGGAAAUCAAUUGAUAGAAACCAAUAGGAAGAUGAUCGAAAUAUACACAAAUUUUCAGUUGCACGAAUAUCAAAUAGACGACCUCAAAGUCAUUCCAAGAAUUUAUUUGAAAUUUCUGAAAUCUUUAAUAACAAAAUAUCCUUUUCUUCAUAAAAUUGAUGAAAUAUUUGUAAACAUGCAAACAGGAGAACUUUUCUUUAACAUAAAUGAAGUCCAAACAAAAACGUUAACAAAGAAUAAUGGAAAAGCUAAAAGGUCUUGUCACAUCAACUCAGAAGCUUUUGAUUAUUUGAAAAACUUUAAUUUUCAUUAAUUAUUAUCCAGAAAUAAAUGAUGAUGUACAAUAAAACUUGAAUAUAAUCUUGAAACAUUUUAC